AUGAUACUGGCUAUGUUGCCAAUUAUAGAGUUUAACACACCAAAUUUGAUGUGCCACUUGGGUCUGGAUCCUCCUGAAACACAACCAACACCACCACUACCACCACCACCAUCAAUCACCAUGUUAAAUUAUGCUGGAAAAGGAAAGAUUAUAGGGACAGAGAAUAGAUCAGUUGUUGCCAGGGCCUGGGGAUGGGAUGAGAGGGUCACUUUAAAGUUAUACCAUGAGGAGUCCCGCACUCCGCUCUGCUCCCGCUCAGCCACCCACCCCGGACCCGGCGCCACCACGCCCAAGUGCCCCAAGUGCAACAAGGAGGUGUACUUUGCUGAGCGGGUGACCUACCGGGGGAAGGACUGGCAUCGCCCUUGCCUGAAGUGUGAGAAAUGUGGAAAGACUCUGACCACGGGGGCUCACGCCCAGCAUGAAGGCAAGCCCUAUUGCAACCACCCCUGCUACGCGGCCAUGUUCGGCCCCAAAGGCUUUGGGCGUGGUGGGGCAGAGAGCCACACUUUCAAGUAAACCCAGGGUUUGAAGACCACAUCCCUGGCUGCCCGCCGGGCCGCUGCCCCUCUAGGCCGAUGGCAGGCCCUCCCCACAGGCACCUGGGGCUCCCCUGUAGACCCUCAGGCCCUCAAUAAACCCGGACACUUGGAAGACCAAAAAA